AACCAAAAAAAGUCGCCAAGCGUGUGUUUAGUGCAGACUGCAGACCAACGCUGCCCCCACUUCCUGACGCCGCCGGCCGUCGACGGACGAACCCCUAUGGACUCCCCCGGCCGGCCCCGCCGCUCUCCGCCCGCCGAGCGCUUCCUCGGCCUCUUCUCCACCCCGCCCCCCUCCUUCCCCUCUUCCUCGCCCUCCGCCGGGGACGAGCUCCUCGAGGGCGACCUCCUCUUCCCCGCCCCGGCCCCCUCCUCGGACCCGCCGCAGCCCGACAGCUCCAAGAAUCCGGGCCGCGUCCCGCGUGGCCACCUCGGCCUGCUCGCCGCGCUCCAAGAAGGCGAACGGAAGGUACCUGGACGCGGCGGAGCUGCUGCCGUCGCCGCCGCCGCUGUGGCAGCGUCCACGGUCACGUCCGGAACCGCUGGGACGCUGCUCCGUCGCAAGGCGACCAUCGCCGCGGCCGCCGCCGCGGCGUCGGCUUCCUCAGCGACGCCGUCGCGGUCCCCGCCAUCCGCCUCGCGCGCCAUCCCCGCGGCGCCGAGGGCCAGGGACCCCGAGCUGCCGCCCGCGGCGCCGUACCACCAGUCGGCCCCCGUCGAGGUCCCCGUGCCCCCGCCUUGGAGUCGCGGGCGCAAAUGGGACGAACUCAACGUCGGGUCUGGCGACGGGGACGACGACGAGGAGGAGCUCUUCCGUGGGGACGCCGCCAUGCUGCCCCCGCACGAGAUGGUGGCGCGCGCGUCCGCGGGCGGCGGCUACGGCGUGCCCGGGAAGCCGUCCUCGAUGCUGGAGGGCGUCGGCCGCACGCUCAAAGGGCGAGACCUCCGGCGUGUGCGCGACGCCGUGCUCCGGCAGACCGGCUUUCUUGACUGAAUCCGGCAGAGGUGGUAACUAUUUUUUUUUUUGGCCUGCCUGAUCUCAGCUGUAGCUUUGGUAAUGAAUCAUACCGUAAUUCUAGAAAUGUUCGUGCCUUGCGUUUGUGUACAAGGACAGGUGAAAUUAGAAAUUAUGCUUAGCUUGUGGUCCGAACUGUUUGCAGUUUUCGUGUUGUGAGAGCGUCUCCUGUUGUAUCUUGAAUAGUAAGUGAUAAUGAGUGAGGAUAAUAAGUGUUUGGGGUCAGGGAGCUCUCUCUAUAGCGAAGAGAGAACAAAUUUUGUGAGGAUGUUUGUUGAUUUUUUUUUGUCGUUCCAAGUGUCCAAGUUAAUGCACUGUUUCCUGCAUUGGAAUUUUGCUUUGUGAAAACUUUUGGUAAAAUAAACCUGUGGAUUUUGGUAGUCUGCUACUUUUCUUUUUCCCUUUCCAGCAAGGUGCCUGCACUGAGUAUGACUGUAAUAGGCAGACAUUGAGUGGAAACUACACCUAUACUGUUCUCCUCUAUUCAUAAUCUCUCAGGGUCUGAUGAUCCCUUUUGUCUUCUUUUUUCUGUGUUCUUGUAAAUUGCUCUCUUCCACUAUCUGAUACAAACUAGUGGUUGCUAUUUCUUUCCAUAAAAAAAGAAAGGAGAAAUGCGUUUUGAUGUUU